AUGGAGGACCUCCAACUACAUCAAGCCCUACUUCAGAGUCUCAUAGAAUCGCGCCCGGGAGCAGUCGAAGAAAGGGAAGAACUGCAAGAGACGAUAAGACAGCUGGAACGGAAGUUGGCCCGCUGUCGUGGCGAGUCUUCUCGUCCCUCCUCAUCGCGUACUGCUACGUCAACCCCAGUCGUUUCACAGUUGGAUGGCCCAUCGGAUGGGAGAGAAGAGAGCCCGCCAUUCUGGGGCAACAUCUGGGGCAGCGUAAAUGAUAUUGACACGACGUCGACAGUGCUCAGACGUUCCCCGUCCCAUCAGUCUUAUCGUUCCUCCUCCCCGGAUUUCUCUCGGUUUCCGCAGUCGUUACACAGUCGAAAGCGCUCGCAUCGAUCUGCGGCGUUGGGCGAACCCUCAGGACCGUCGUCGAAGCGAAUUACCUCCUUCGAAUCCCGUCCCUCUACCCCAAGUGCUUCGUCGGUGCAUAGUUUGGGAGAGAGGCCCGGCUCCUUGGAUGGGAGUACUGAAGAGCUGCAGAGGUUGCUAGGGUUUGAUAGUCGUGACACUCUCUUAGCCAUGCAACGCGAACAAAUGGAGGCGGAGAGGUGGUUGGAAGAGCGCAAGGAACAAGAACGUCGCGAUGCGGAGUAUGCGAGGGCCCUUCAGGAGUGGUGGCAUGAAUCAUCUCGUCCAUCCUCGGCAUCCUCUUCGGGUCCUGGCUAUGGAGGACAAUCAGGCUCUGGAACAAUGCCGCCACCACCUGGCCCUGCACGGGAUUAUUCUGGAUUUCCUACAACUGGAGAUCGAUCACUGCCGCCAACCACACAGCCUCCUUUUACACCUUCUUUCCGCCGUUCGUUCAUGGGUUCUCACCAGCUUAACUCACUGCCUGCUCCGUCAACUUCCACCCCAGACAGCAGCGAUAGUGAUGUAGCCGAGAUCAGCCCAUUAGAUUUCCAUCGCAGUGUGCAGCGCGUCUCCAUGGGACCACCGCCCAGACCGAACACCAAUUAUUCAUGGCUUAAUGCUGGGUCUCGGGGCGAGGAAACGAUUCUGGCUGGUGGUAGAACUUCUUUCCCAUCAACUUUCCCGAGGUCACUGGGAGAGUCUUCCUCCACCGCGAUAACGAACCGUUACAACUCGGUUCAAGAAACCGGUCAACUCAAACCUCAAGCUUCUUCCACGUAUCAACAAGACCCAUACAUGAACGGUUUGGACAAGCUCAAUGCAGGAAAAUCGCUUUACAAUAACUUCCCAGAUUCACCUCUUUCAAGCAUUGGUCCUACCUGCGGCGAUCCGUUUGCAAGCCUUGGAUAUGAUCUUCCUGCUUGGGCCCGGUACAGGGAACUCUAUCCGUCCUAUCUGUCUGACUAUGACAACAAGAAGACUACUGAGGAGAUCAAGGAACUGCUGGAGAAUCUUCGAGCUGAUGCUGAAAUUCCAAAGGAAAGUCGUGAAGGAACCCCAGAGCCUUUGAAGUAUCCUUUACUGGAGCAUCAGAAACUCGGGUUGACUUGGAUGAAGUCGAUGGAAGAAGGCAAGAACAAAGGUGGUAUUCUAGCCGACGAUAUGGGGUUGGGAAAGACCAUACAAGCUCUUGCGCUCAUGGUUUCGCGGCCAUCGUCCGACCCGAAUCGGAAAACCAAUCUUAUUGUUGCGCCAGUGGCUUUGAUGCAGCAGUGGAAGCGGGAAAUCACGAGAAUGCUCAAACCGGGAAGACACCAGCUCUCCGUCUAUGUUCUACAUGGCGAAAAGCGAGGUGUCGACUUUACUUAUCUGAAGAAAUUCGACGUGGUUCUCACAACCUUCGGGACGCUCGCAUCGGAGCUCAGGCGUAAAGAAGAAUGGCUUCAGACGCAGCAAGCUGCCGCGCAUACUUCUUCCAACAUCACUGCGGAGCAGUUUGGUCUUCCUGUUCUUGGGCCGAAGAGCGCCUGGUAUCGCGUGAUCAUCGAUGAAGCUCAAUGCAUCAAGAAUCGCAACACGAAAGCUGCAGUGGCCUGUUGCAGCAUCAAUGCCAUCUAUAGAUGGUGCAUGAGCGGCACUCCCAUGAUGAACAAUGUGACGGAGCUACAUUCCCUGCUGAAAUUCUUACGUAUCCGACCAUAUUCCGAUUUGGAGCAGUUUAACAAGGACUUCACGAAACCAUUGAAGGUUGGAGACGAGAGAGUGCACCAGAAGGCAUUGCAACAGUUGCAGGUUUUGCUGAAGGCUGUUCUUCUCCGCCGAACGAAAACCUCCAAGAUUGACGGAAGACCAAUUCUGCAGUUGCCGCCCCGAAUAACCGAGGAAGUCCACGCCGUGUUCAGCGAAGAUGAGCAAGCGUUCUACGACGCAUUGGAGAACAAGACUCAACUCCAGUUCAACAAGUAUCUUAACGCUGGGACUAUUGGUCGGAAUUAUUCCAACAUUCUGGUGUUGCUUCUUCGACUCCGCCAGGCGUGUUGCCACCCGCACUUGAUACACGACUUCGCCGUUGAUGUCAGUGCUGCCACGGGAGAAAUUGACCUGAUAGCAAACGCGAAGGCGUUUAGUGCCGAUGUGGUUCAGCGCCUAAAGGAGAACGAACCUCUGGAGUGUCCCGUUUGCAUUGACGGGGUGGAAAACCCGGUUAUUUUCUUCCCUUGUGGCCAUAGCACUUGCGCGGAGUGUUUUGCCCGGAUUUCAGACCCGGCGCUGGCUAUUCAGCAGGGCAAUAACGAUGGCACUGUGGAAGUAAAAUGCCCCAACUGUCGUACCAAAAUCGACCCGAAAAAGGUCACGGACAAUGCGUCUUUCAAGAAGGUUCACUUCCCUGACACGGUCGAAGGGGAGCAGGACGAUGCCGACGACGAUGACUCGGAUGAGAAGAGCGAUAGUGACGACGAUAGUGGCAGCCUGUCUGACUUUAUUGUUCCUGAUGACUACAUUGAUGAGCCCGCAGAAUCAUCCUCCAAAGGCAAGAAGAAGGACAAAAAGGGCAAGGGAAAGGAGCGCAGCAAACCCAAAAAGACACUGGCAAUGCUGAAGAAAGAAGCACAAAAGAAUGCGGCGGCAAAACGCAAGUAUCUCCGCCGCUUGCAGAAGAAUUGGGCUAGCAGUGCCAAAGUCGACAAGACAAUGGAACUCUUGCAGAAGAUUCAGGAUGCCGGGGAGGGUGAGAAGACGAUUAUUUUCAGCCAAUUUACGGCGCUUCUGGAUCUUCUCGAAGUGCCGAUCAUGCGGAAGGGCUGGGGUUACCGACGCUACGAUGGCAGCAUGAAGCCCGCAGACCGGAAUAAUGCGGUUGCGGAAUUCACGGACAACCCAGAUUGCAAGAUCAUGCUCGUGUCGUUGAAAGCCGGCAACUCGGGUCUGAAUCUUGUGGCUGCGUCGCAAGUGAUCAUCUUCGACCCGUUCUGGAAUCCGUACAUCGAAGACCAGGCCGUUGAUCGGGCACAUCGGAUUGGGCAGACGCGGCCGGUUCGUGUCCACCGCAUCUUGGUGAAGAAGACGGUGGAAGACCGCAUUCUGGCGUUGCAGGAGAAGAAACGCGAGCUGAUCGAGGGUGCUCUGGACGAGGCGGCGGGGAAGCGAGUGUCGCGACUGGGAGAGAGGGAACUAAAGUUUCUAUUCGUAUGGAAACCCUCUCUUUUUUUCUAG